AUUUACCGUUUGACAUGAACUGUGACGCUUGAGACCCGGGCUGAAGCCCAAACGCCUGGCAAAAAAACCCACCGUUUCUUCCCAGCCCUGGCCUCUUUGCGCCAUUAUCGUGUCUGGGAAUCUGGCCUCAACGAGUCUCCGUCGCUGCCAGUCGAGGUAUUUGGCGACGGUCUCAGCACUGCUGGAUGCCGCAGUAGAACGUAGGCGAAAGAUUCUCUUGUUCUUUUUAGAGACAAAAUGACACAUCAGAAUACAAGUAUUGACAUAGAAUACGAAUAUGAGGAAUUUAAUAGUUCCAAGCGAUCGAAAUUGACUUCUAAAGUAUGGGAGGAUAUGCUUAAAGUUCAAACAAGCGAUGGUUGUAAAGUUCAAUGCAAACACUGUGGCAGGUUGUUGCAAGAUAACUGUGGAACCUCUCAUUUAAAGCGUCACAUAGUCAGAUGUCUCAAGCGUCCAAAAACAGUGGAUGGUGUUGAUCAAGAGCUAAUGACUUUAGCACAUGCCCAAGACAUGGGUGUUGACAAAGAAUUUGGAGCGAACACAGUAUAUGUGGCACAACCAUUAAAGGUUGAAACUGGAUCCCUUGUCACUUCUUUUCCUGAGACACCAAAUAGUCAAGGAUCGAUUAUUACUGAAUCUGCUACAGGGCGAGAACAACACCCAAAAAACAAAACCACUUUGGGAUUGUCUAACUUUGAAUCCCCCAAAAACCAGAUGGAUAUAUCUUUGGAUGAUGCAGAAAUGAGAGCAUUUUAUGCUUCCUUGGAUGCCGAGACCUCUGUUGUGUCACCUUCUCAAGAUGUCAGGGUCGGUAUUGAGUUGCCCAGAACUCCACCAUGUGAAGAGACUGAGAAAGCUUUGAAAACAUUACAAGGCUUUCUCUCCAAAGACUUUUCUGUCGUAUUGCAUCCUGGCCAGAGCAAUUCGAUGAAGUCCGCCUUAGAGUACCUUCUGACAGCAGAUGAUGGGAUCUCUCUGGAAGUGCAAUUAUUAAUAUCAGAAGUUUCAAAAAGGUUUGGUCAGUGGAGUUGUGAAUAUAACAAUGCUGGUCGAAAAAUUGAGUGUGCUAGCACCAACCUGUUGAAAGCAGAUAAACUAGAAGAAAGUCUUGAAGCUAACAAGAACCAAUUUAAAGAACUAGCAUCACUGGAAAGCGAGUUGAACAGUCAGUUAACCGGUUUGGAGGAAAGAAAGAAAGAAUUGGAAGAGCAGAUAAAUGGCAUCAAAGCAAACAUCUGUGUUUUUCAGUCAGCUAAGAGCACAGCAACAAAGAGAAAGAGGGAAAUAUUUGAGGAAGGAAAGACUCUUAAAGCACAAAGAGAUGAGUUGAAAGAACAAGCCCCAGGCUUGAGAGACGAGUGGGAUUGGGCUAAGAAAAUCCAAGCAAAUAUAAAAGCUGAAUGGUCAAAGCUAGCAGAAAGAUUUAACGAAAGGCUAGAUGGCGUUAACUGUAAGUACUUUGAUAAUAACAAGCGCAUUGAGCCUUCUGAAAAUUGAUUUUACAAACAGAUUUGUAGCAUAGCAAAUAUUGGUUGCUUCAUCUUGUAAUUCUUUGGGAAAUGAAGUGAAAAAGAAUGGCAGGCUGAAUAUACUGCUGUUCAACAAUUCUUUGCUCCUUAUUCAUGUUUCUCGGGUUUGUUUGGUAUGCUGGAGGAAGGAGUCUCGAUGGAAAGGAAAGAAAAUGAGAAUGCGAAGGGGAUAGGAAACAAGGAUUAGCUUCAAAAAGGGGUUCAGAGGAAUACAUGGUGGCGGCGCCUUUGACAUUGACGGUAGUGAAGGAGAAGUAGGAAGAGAUGAUCGUGACUGUCAUUGAGAUGAUGGAACUGCGACGAAAAUUUGUGUGAAAAUUCUUUAAUCCAAACAUCUUUACAAGUUUAGAGGAGCGGUAUUAUGGAAGAGAUGAUAGUGACUGGCGUCAAAAUGGGUGGUCAUAGUUGCCGUCGAUAUGAUAUGGUGGCCGGCCAGCUGGGUGGCUGUGGAACACUAUCGAAUAUUUAAGCUGGGUUGGCCAAGAAAUACUAGAGAUGGUGAGGGUACACUGGUCUGAAAGAUUGUCUUUCCAAUGCAGGUCUGAAGUUUCAUCAAAUCUCUGGUUUAGAGCCAACAACUAUAUCUGUACAAGUCCGAGAAGAUAUUAACGAUUGCCAAUGACUCUACCAGUUGUCACGAACCACUGUCUAGUGGAAUCAUCGUAGUCUUCAAGCUUCCACACAUUGGACCGAGGACAAUCUGAUGCAGCUUUGAACUCGAUGUUCAGAUCAGUAGAGACUCGAAUCAUACCUUUCUUGAGGUUCAGCCGUUCACUGCUAUAACGUCGUAUGGGCAAACUUCUCCUAUGCUUGAAAGCGCAAGUCCACCGCCGUUCGGGUUAGCCGGCACCGGAAUUACAUAGUAAUUUGCACCUGCUCGAAGCGUUUUGCCGGAGGUAUCAACCACUUGCUCCGGUGCUUCCCUGGCUUCUUCGACCAGUGGCUUUGUGAUCAAGGUGAAUAGAAGAAUUAAUGAAUGCUGCUAAUGUGAUCUUCAUAGUUUUGUUUCUGAUGGGAGAUGAAGAGAAUUGAACACAAAUUUAUAACUAAAGCUCAGUCGAAAUCCAUGGACGUACAUGCAAAUAUGAUAGUCAAGGAUUUCAACUUAAUUAUAGGAUUGGUAGGAUGGAUAAACUCUUCUUUCUUAUCAAGUUGCUUCGAAGUCUUCUCGAGCUUUCUCCUUCCGAUGCGUCGGAUCGUUCUUGCUGCCUAACAAUGUAGGACUUGCGUGCUGUAUACUGACUGCUACGUUUUGUCUUGUUCGUGAAAAGCCCGCAGGAUUUGAUAUAUUUUAAUUGAGAAGAAGAUAGUUUUGACUUUUGA